CACGGCCCCUCGCUCUCCCCCUCGUGUUCGCAGGCUCGGCGGUGGGUCAGGACACGCAGCGGGGUCCCGGGGGACACCAGCAGAACAUCCUGGUCAGGCCAUGGCAGACCAGCCUGUCGGGGGCCAGAAGCCCUUCCACGUCGUUUCGCCCGUGCUGGAGAGCCUGCCCCUCUCCAAGGCCGUGGGCACCAAGGUCUUCAUGAAGCUGGAGAACGUCCAGCCCUCGGGAUCCUUCAAGAUCCGGGGCAUCGGGCACCGGUGCCAGGAUGCUGCCAGGAAGGGCUGCCGCCGCUUCGUCAUCUCCUCAGGAGGAAACGCGGGUCUGGCGGCAGCGUACGCGGCCCGGCAGCUGGGGCUGCCCAUCACCGUGGUGCUCCCCAGCAGCAGCGGCCCCACCCCCGCCCGCAAACUGGAGCAACUGGGGGCCACAGUCGAGGUCUACGGCAAGGUGUGGGACGAUGCCAACAGGCGAGCCCAGGAGCUGGCUGAGACAGAGGGCUGGGUCAGCAUCCACCCCUUCGAUCACCCCUUGGUGUGGGAGGGCCACGCCAGCCUGGUCCGGGAGCUGAAGGACUCUCUGGAGGCCAAACCAGGCGCCAUCGUGGUGGCGGUGGGUGGCGGGGGGCUGCUGGCCGGUGUCGUGGCCGGCCUGCAGCAGGUGGGCUGGCAGGAUGUCCCCAUCAUCGCCGCCGAGACCCAGGGAGCUCACAGCUUCCACGAGGCGCUCAAAGCCGGCCGGCUCGUCACCCUGCCCGACAUCACCAGCGUGGCCACCUGCCUGGGAGCCAAGACGGUGGCGGCGCGGGCGCUGGAGUGUGCCCGGGAGUGCCAGGUGAUCUCGCAGGUGGUGGAGGACACGGAGGCUGUGCGGGCCGUGGAGCAGUUCCUGGAUGACGAGAGGAUGCUGGUGGAGCCGGCGUGCGGGGCCCCGCUGGCCGUGCUCUACUCGGGCCGGCUGCAGCGGCUGCAGAGCCAGGGGAGGCUGCGGACCCCGCUGGGCUCCGUGCUGCUCGUGGUGUGCGGCGGCAGCAACAUCCACACGGGCCAGCUGCGGGACCUGAAGAGCCAGCUGGGGAUGCAGUGACACCCGGCCCGGGCACGGGAUGUGACAGAGCCCGGCUGCCGCGCUCCGCUCGCUUUCCUUCCCAAAGAACCGAAAUAAAGCCCGGGGACGCGGGGCCGGGCUCCUCACGCAGCCUUUUCCAGCACACGGCACCCAUGCACGGAUGGGGAAACUGAGUCAGGGUGGAGCCAGGGUGGUGCCCGUGCUGAGGGCAGGACUGGGGUCCGCACAUCCCACUUCUAUCCUCCCUACAACCAUCCGCCCCCCUCUCCUCCCUGCCCCUGCUCCUCCCCGGGCUGU